GAGCAGCUGGGCGUCCUUGGUGCUGGCACCGCCGCCCGGGCAUGAGGAUGGCUGUCGGCGCAGCAGCGGCUCCAGGAGACGGGGGCUCGCCGAAUCCCGGUCCCGCUGCGGUCUCUCUGGGCUUGAGCGUGGCUGUGGUGUCCAGCCUGGUCAAUGGCUCCACGUUCGUGCUGCAGAAAAAAGGAAUCGUGCGGGCAAGAGGACGAGGGACUUCAUAUUUAACUGAUAUAGUGUGGUGGUCAGGUACUAUUGCCAUGGCACUUGGCCAGAUUGGGAAUUUCUUAGCUUAUACUGCAGUUCCUACUGUACUGGUGACUCCACUUGGUGCACUUGGAGUCCCAUUUGGGUCUAUUUUAGCUUCCUAUCUACUGAAAGAAAAACUGAAUAUUUUGGGCAAAUUAGGCUGCCUCCUGAGUUGCGCAGGUUCUGUUGUUCUCAUCAUUCAUUCUCCAAAGUCUGAAAGUGUCACCACUCAGGCUGAGCUUGAAGAAAAGCUUACAAAUCCAGUAUUCGUGGGUUACCUCUGUAUUGUGCUUCUCAUGCUGCUUCUACUUAUCUUUUGGAUUGCACCAGCCCAUGGACCCACUAACAUUAUGGUUUACAUCAGUAUUUGCUCAUUGUUAGGAAGUUUCACUGUGCCUAGUACAAAAGGAAUUGGACUGGCUGCUCAAGAUAUCUUUCACAAUAAUCCAUCAAGUCAAAGAGCAUUGUAUCUCUGUUUGGUUCUGUUAGCAGUAUUGGGGUGUAGUAUAAUAAUUCAGUUUAGGUACAUAAAUAAGGCACUAGAAUGUUUUGAUUCCUCAGUGUUUGGUGCCAUCUAUUAUGUAGUAUUCACCACUCUUGUCUUGCUGGCCUCAGCCAUUUUGUUCAGAGAAUGGAGUAAUGUUGGUGUUGUUGACUUCUUGGGGAUGGCUUGUGGGUUCACCACUGUAUCUAUUGGAAUUGUUCUUAUACAAGUCUUCAAAGAAUUCAAUUUCAAUAUUGGUGAUUUGAAUAAGCCUAAUAUGAAGACCGAUUAAAUUCUUAAAUGUUCAAGGGAAUUGGGUCAUCCAGAGAAUGAUAGUGUCUUCAAUUUUUAGGCCACAGAAAUUAUAGUCUUUAAUUUCUAAACUUUGAGAAUAACACCGCCUUUCAUUCCUUGCUGGAAUAUGUGAAAUGAAUUAGUGUUCUUAAUUCAAUUUCUUAGGACUAUUGUCAUGCUUUAUAUCUUAUGGUAUCAAAUGAUUUUAUAAACCUCAUAGCAAGUAGGAUAAGAAUUGCAUCGCCACAGAAGCUGAUGCAUUUCUUUAUCUUUAGGAUUAUCUAUGUAGUGUAGGAUUGAAUUAUUUUGGUCUAUGAAGAACCAGGAAUCUUUUCAAAUGGUUACUCAGAAUCUUCUGUCAACAUUUGUGUUUACAACUGAGCAGGUGCCAUGCGUGAUCAAUAGCCCUUUUUAAAAAUGUAGAUACACUUCAAAUACUAGAUGGGUUUUCUUUCUAUUUACCUUCACAGUUAUAAUUCGAAUUUCAGUAUUUUUCCAGGUGUAUUUGAAGAUUCCACAACAGUUGCUACAGGCUGUGUGUUGAUAUGAUUUGUUCUUUCUCUGCCUUUGUAAUUUGGACCAAUGACAUAAUUAUGUCCAAAACUAGGGCAGUGUGUUUAUAACUUAACAUACGUUUUAUCUCAUAUCAGCUCACAAAGUUGCUCACAAAUCUAAGUAAAUACAGCACUUAAUUGACAGCUACGCCUCUUGUUCACAUGAAUCACUUAAUGUAUAUCAACAUAUUACAUUAAUCCAGGAACUUUUAUUUAACAUAAAAGAAUGUGAGGAAUAUGUUAGAUCUUUCUACCAUUUUUGGUAGAUCAUUUGUAAACAGCUGGAAACUACUUCAGUGCCUUUUGUAUUCUGAUAAGAUCACUUUUAUGGGGCGGUUCAUGUUCUCUAAUAUUUGUGUGUCCUCAUGCAUAUCAAUCUAACAAAGCAAAGAGACACUAAUACGAUAUUUGAAUUAUUAUGGGGUAACUUCUAUGCACUUCCAACUGGUGUUUGUUUAGAACAAAAGUAUUCUAUUACAGUAGUAUUCAAUUAUGUUCCAUAGAAAGUUUUACCUAACAAAUUCCAGUAAACUAUUGUGUAGCAUCUUUUGUCAGCUUUUGAACUGGCACUUUUAGAGGCAUUAUAAAGGAAUUUGUAAGAGAAAAGAAAAAUGUUGUUUGGUUAAGGGGAAAAUAUCUAAGUGAUUCUUCAGCAGGGCCUGGAAAUUGUUGCCACUCACUUGAAAGAAAAACAAUGGGGCUUCUGUUUCCACAAACCAGUGUUUCUCAAUCUUGGCAACCUUAAAAAGUAUAAACUUCAACUCCCAAAAUUCUGGAAGUUGAAGUCCACACAUUUUAAAAGUAUAAACACCUCAGUAUAAAAAUUGCUAAGUUAAAAGAACAUUUUCUGAUUCAGAAACUAAGGGUUGUCUUUUUCUAGGUAAUUUGUUAGAUUGGAUUCAAUAGAUAUAAUUGUGUUUACAAGUUUUCAGUAUGACUUGAAUUAACAUAUUUGAUUCAAUAGAUAUGAUUGUGUUUACAGGUUCUCAAUAUGAAUUAACAAUAGUGAAGUCUGUCAUAGAAAUAGCAGUUUCGUCAGUGGUGGGAUUCAAAUAAUUUAACAACCGGUUCUCUGCCCUAAUGACCAGCUGAGUAGGUGUGGCUGGGUGGUCAUGCGACAGGGUGGGUGUGGCCAACUCGAAGUCAUGUCGAAGGGUGCUUCUCCUUGCCUGGCCUCUCUUGACCCUGGGGAUGCUGCUAUGCUG